AUGACCCUCGCAGUCUAUCACAGGUUAUGGGGCAUGACCGAGCAGUUUGCCGCCAGGAAGAAGUGGGGUUGGAGGCAAGUCUACCACCGCAUGCUGCCUUUCCAAAUCGCCCUAUACCCCAGUCUCAUGUGGUAUCUAUUUGGCUGGUUCGAUGAUCCGUAUAAGGAAGCGAUGACACUUGGAAUUUGGAACGUAUCGAAACGCUCGCUAUACUUUUGGGAUCCUCUGCGUUCAGGAGGCGACAAGGGAUGGUUGCGCGACAGUUCUAAUCAACUACGCGAUGCGAAGAGGACAGCUCUCGAGACGGAGGACAUCGCUGUUGGGGUUAUGUCCGAUUUACGGUCACAACGUGAAGUGAUUUCCCGUACGGGCAACAGCCUCAACGAGGUCGACUCCAACCUGGCUACAGCCCGCCGAACCAUCAGUACUAUGGCGCGGCGAGCUAUGGCUAAUCGCAUGGUCCUCACCGCCAUCGCCAUUGCCAUUGGCCUCGCAAUAUUGUAUAUUUUCUAUCGGAAAAUUGCUGGUUAA